AAAUAGAAAAUUUCCCAUUACAGCGCUCUAAGUCAGAAGAGCGAAUUUUGCAAAAAUUGAACAUCAUGAUUAGCCCAAAAAUGAAAAAUCAAAUGUACAUCGUAUGAGAUAAUAUUGUCUAGUCUACCCUCACUUGCUCCUUUGACCAGCUAAAAACGACAUCCAAACAGCAUACCUGACGAAGACCUGCUCCUCUGUCACCUCUUUCUGCGGCCUGCUGGUUCUUCAGCUCUAAUGGCUCAUUCUGCUCAACUUCCCUGCGACGGUGAUGGCAUUUGCAUGAUUUGCCACAACGAGCCAUUACCCGAAGAGACUCUAACUUGCACAACAUGUAUUACUCCAUGGCAUGUUACUUGCCUCUCCUCUCGCCCACAGAUUUUAGCCGAUACUCUUCACUGGGAGUGCCCUGACUGUUCUUUGCUCAAUCUGACCACCGCUGGAGGAUCUCAGAGUAGCUCGUCUGGCUUGAUUGCUGCGAUUCGGGCGAUCGAGUCUGAUGAUUCGCUUUCUGAGUUGGAGAAGGCCAAGAGACGGCAGCAGUUAAUGAGCGGAAGCGUGUCGUCUUCUGAAGCUGCGGAUUCUACUUCCGAUAAGGGGAGGAUCAACGGUGAUAAUGAUAUAGCUGAUUUUCUCGAUGGUGGAUUUAACUGUUCGUUUUGCAUGCAGUUACCUGAUAGGCCAGUUACGACACCAUGUGGUCAUAAUUUUUGCCUCAAGUGCUUCCAGAGAUGGAUUGGACAAGGAAAGCGUACAUGUGCAAAUUGUCGCAGUCAAAUCCCCCACAAGAUGGCAAGCCAACCUCGAAUCAAUUCUGCACUUGUUGUUGCCAUCCGCAUGGCAAAGAUGUCAAAAUCAAGUACUGCUGGGGGAACUCCUAAGGUAUAUCAUUUUGUCCACAACCAGAACAGGCCAGACAAAGCAUUUACAACUGAGAGAGCAAAGAAAGCUGGAAAGGCUAAUGCUUGCAGUGGAAAGAUCUUUGUCACUGUUCCCCCUGAUCACUUUGGGCCAAUUCUCGCUGAGAAUGAUCCAGUGAGAAAUCAGGGUGUUUUGGUUGGAGAGUUGUGGGAAGAUAGGCUGGAAUGCAGACAAUGGGGUGCCCACCUUCCCCAUGUAGCGGGUAUUGCUGGUCAGUCAACUCAUGGUGCUCAAUCAGUGGCCCUCUCUGGAGGUUAUAUAGAUGAUGAGGACCAUGGUGACUGGUUCCUUUACACUGGGAGUGGAGGAAGGGACCUGAGCGGCAAUAAACGCACAAACAAGGCCCAGUCCUUCGACCAGAAAUUUGAAAAGUUGAAUGAGGCUUUACGAGUAAGUUGCCGCGAAGGAUAUCCUGUAAGGGUAGUGCGGUCUCAUAAAGAGAAACGUUCUUCUUAUGCCCCAGAAAAGGGUGUUCGUUAUGAUGGUAUUUAUAGGAUUGAGAAGUGCUGGCGUAAGAAGGGAAUGCAGGGGUACAAGGUUUGUAGAUAUCUUUUUGUCAGAUGUGACAAUGAACCUGCACCGUGGACAAGUGAUAAUCUUGGGGAUCGUCCAAGGCCUCUGCCAUUCAUCAAGGAGAUAGAAAAUGCAAUUGAUAUAACUGAACGGAGGGGAACUCCAUCCUGGGACUACGAUGAGGACAAAGGUUGUUGGAUGUGGAAGAAACCUCAACCAAACAGUAGAAAACAGGUCAAUGGUGGAAAUCAAGAUGAUGGUACAAAAAUGAAGAAAGUUAGGCGGCAAGGACAGAAUGUGCUUGUGAGACAAAAGCUUCUGAAAGAGUUAAGCUGUCAAAUUUGUCGGCAAGUGAUGACUAACCCUCUUACAACCCCUUGUGCGCACAAUUUUUGCAAAGCAUGCCUAGAGGAUUUUUUUGCUGGUCAAAGUUUCGUGAGGCAGAGGACAUGUGAAGGCAGACGGACAUUAAGAGUGCAGAAAAAUGUUAUGAAAUGUCCAGCUUGCACAAAUGACAUAGCCGACUUUCUCCAAAAUCCACAGGUGAAUAGAGAGUUGAUGGGUGUAAUUGAAUCCCUGCAACGCAGAAAUUCAGAGUGUGACAAUGUUGAUGAUUCUACAGAAGAAAAUGAUAUCUCAAAUGAGAAAACACAGGCUAUUGCUGACAUAGAAAUUCGCAAUACAAACAGUGAAAUUCAGGAAGAAGACAAAGCUAAAAAUUUCAUGCAUCAAACAGAAACUGAUCCCCAGCAAGCAUACAAAGAGGAGGCAAGUGAUGGAAAUGACAAGUCGAGCACUGGGCAGAAGGAAGCGACAUUGCUUGAGCAGCCUGAUAAUUUGAACGUUGAAAUUGAAAUUAAUACUAGCAACUCCGAAAUGGCUGACGGUAGUGAACAAACUACUGCCACAGUUGAGCAGACCCACAAGAGAACUGCCGACGAAGGAAGCCACCUUGCUGGAGUUCAGGACGGGAGCAAGAAGGCUAAAUUAACAAUGGAGCAAUGAAGAGAUGCUCCUUCUGGGUCAUACAAUGAUUAAAUUUGCAUGACCAUGGCCUCCUGCGUAUAUCUCAUGUGUGGUUGGUAUGAUAGGUAGUUGGUCGUAACCUUUUAUGUGUUGUAAUGGGUAGUUAGUUUUAUCAGAGCCUUAUACCUGUGUAUUUUCACAGCUCAUAGCCAAACAUACAGAACUAGUUUUACUGUGAAGUGUUAAUAACCAUACCCGAAACAUCUGAGGGGAAAAUAAGGAUGUCUAAGGUUAUCAAUUUAUGAUAAAUGCUUUAUUCUGGCCA